AUGCAAAAUGUGGAGAAGAUCCAAACAACAAUCGACAUGUACAAAAAACUGGCGGAUCGUUAUGGCUACGAGAACAGAAACUUGAAGAAUGUAAUCAAGGAGAAGGACGAGGAGAAUCUGAAGCUGCAUACAGAAAUCCAAGAGUUGAAGAAUGCUUUAGCUGAAGAAAAAGUGAGAAGAAGUCAAAGAGACAAGAAUGACGACGACUGGGAAGUGCUAAGAUAA